CCGUUCACGCAGUAGUAAAUUUUGUCUGCAGCAGAAACUCCUGACAGUGUCAGGCUACUGGAGAAUGAAAAUAUGUGGAGUUAAGUUCAGCCAAAGAAACCGAGCUGAUGUACAGACAGCAUGGCCCAGGACAGAGCGUGGAGCUUUGUGGAUGAUUGAAGAGGGAGUCUGAGACGAACUUCCUUUUUGACAGCUGACCUUUGACCUUAAACCCUGGAUGUAUGCAGAGCACACACAGCAGAGGGAGUCGGACGAGCAAGCAUCACCCCCCCCAUCACUCCAUCCUCCCUCCUCCUCCCCCUCACGAGCCGGAGGAUGAGUAAUCCAGCUAGGGGGGGCGAACAAGGCAGAAGAAGAAUGGGUGAGAGAGAGAGGGAGGAUACCGACGCAGCAUCAGCAUCAUCAUCAGCAUCAUCAUCGUCAGAGAACGUGCAGAGUGAGAGGAUGAAAAUUCAAAACCCUGCAGCUCCUCGCUCACCGCUGAGCUCGGGCACACCGGAGCCGGCUAUUUCCUGGACUGUGACAUCAUGAACAGAAGAACAUAAUGUGAUGAGAUUAUUGCCAGCACUGAGGAUUAUUAUUCAACGGUAACUGGACCUGGCUAAUCACUGGAUCUACUUUAAAAAGACGAGACAAUCAGAGGACGCAGGGGGAGUAUUUAUAUCUCUGAUAUCUUCACCUGCAUGUGCUGCGUGCUCUGGAAACGCUGGAUAAGUGGGCAGUAUCUUUGCUUAUGUCACUGGACAGUAUCUGACUAAUUCAUGGAGAGUAGGUCAGUUGACUCAUUUCACUACUGAUGAGCACUGACUUCUUCCUGAGCAGAAAGCCUCCUCUUUCCUAACUGAGAAAAUCUGACUUCACAUGUUCUGCUUCAGGGCUUUGGAUCUGUCUAAUACCUGGAAUCACUGACUCAUAACACCACCUGGCAGUAACGGGACUGUCUCCUGUACUACAAGUCUAUGUUCAGCCUCCUCCUGGGACCAGGUUAAUCUCUGGAUCAGCAGCUCUGGCAUGUUCUGUUUCUGCCUGCAGAGUUCUCUGCUGAAGCUCCAGGCGCUGGAGGUGGACGGGGGUCAAUCUCUGGGUCCGUCCCCCGAGGAGAGCCCUCCUGCCCUGGGCAGCAAAGAGCAGAAGAGUCCUGGAGGGCUGGUGGAGCUCGGAGGGAAGACUCUGGCUCUCUGCCACAGCGCCCCCGCAGACGAGAACAGCCCACCAGAACUCCUAACCGUCCUGACCAGACCUCCGCAGUCUCCCCGACACCAGCCAUUAACUGCCAUCCACCCAGGCCAGCAGCCCCUCACCCCUGAUGGAGCUCUGCCCCCCAGCCCUCACCACUCCCCCUACUCCCCUCAGAGGAUCAGCCCUGGCGGGGAGGGAGGGGGAGGAGAAGGAGGAGGAGGGGGCGGAGCUCUCCUUCAGCUGUUGGCCGGUGGGCCCAGCCCUCUGCCCUCCCCCCGCUGCUCCAGCCUCACCCACAGCCUGAGGUUCAACUCUGACCCCGACACGGCGCCGUCACCGCCCUGCAGCCAGCAGUACAUCCUGUGCCGCGGUCGUGACCGGUCAGAGGCCUCAGAGGACGAAUGCCCCGCCUCCAUCCCUUUCCUCAGCCGACACAUCCAGACGCUGAAGAAGAAAGUCCGCCGCUUCGAGGAUCAGUUCGAGCAGGAGAUGAACUACAAGGUAGGAUGA